AAAGUCAAAUUUGCUUUUGUUUUUGGCAUACUAUUCAUUUAGAGUCUUUUGGUUGCUGGAAACUAUCAUGAAAGAGUGGAGAUAAUAAUUCAGAAACCAAAAAUGCAGAAUUUUUCACUUAACUGAGCCUAAUACAACUUGUUUGGUUAGUCAUGUUUAGUAUUAAUGUGCCUUUGGAGAUAAGUACAAAAACAAAACGGAAGAAACCUGGUCUUGCUUUUCAUUUUCUAUAUUGGAAUUAGAUUAUUAUUUGUUGGUUAAAUAGUUCUUUUAACGAGUCAUAAUCUUUAUUCUACUGGAAAUUUGGAAAGGGAACCAGCUUCUUGUUUUCUCAGAAUAACAAUAAGCAAAGAUGAAAUAGUGUUGUUUGCCCACUCAGGGGAGGAAAUGGAAGAUGAAGAAAAACUCCUGUUUCUGGGCACGGAGUUUGUUUUUAUAGUUAAUGGCAGGAAUGGUUCAAGAGGAGGGAUCAUCACCCCUUCAGUUUUUCUCCCGGAUGUCACUGUCUCCUGGGUUUGGAUCACCGUAUCCAUGGCUUAGGGAGCUGAAAUCUGAAGAGAGGGGUUUGUGUCUAAUUCAUCUCCUUGUCGCUUGUGCAAACCACGUUGCUGCUGGCAGUGUUGAGAAUGCAAAUAUAGGUCUUGAGCAUAUUUCCCACCUUGCUUCUCCAGAUGGGGAUACCAUGCAGCGAAUUGCUGCAUAUUUCACUGAGGCACUAGCUGAUCGAAUGCUUAAAGCUUGGCCUGGUCUACACAAAGCCCUCAAUUCCACGAAAAUAUCAUCAGUAACCGAAGAAAUACUUGCCCAGAAGUUAUUCUUUGAUCUCUGCCCCUUCAUGAAGCUUUCAUACGUGAUCACAAAUCAGGCAAUUAUAGAAGCCAUGGAAGGAGAGAAGAUGGUCCAUAUUAUUGAUCUUAAUUCCUUUGAGCCUGCCCAAUGGAUCAACCUUCUUCAGACGUUAAGUGCACGCCCAGAAGGCCCACCCCAUUUGAGGAUUACUGGUAUACAUGAACAGAAAGAGUUACUGGAACAAAUGGCUCUGCGAUUGGCUGAGGAGGCUGAAAAAUUGGACAUUCCAUUCCAAUUUAACCCUGUAGUAAGCAAAUUGGAGAAUCUUGAUGUUGAAAGUUUACGUGUAAAGACCGGAGAAGCUCUUGCUGUCAGCUCUGUUCUUCAGUUGCACACUCUCCUGGCAACAGAUGAUGAGAUGCUCAAGAGGAGCUCUCCAACAGCAUCAAAAACUCAAAAUUCUAGUCACUUGCAGAGAGUCUUGCAGAUGAACCAACGCACGCUGGGAGAGUGGCUUGAGAAAGAUUCUUUCCAUCUGUACAGUGCAAGUCCUGACUCUGCAUCAGCAUCAACCCCACUGACCCCACUGUCUUUAGCUGCUUCACCAAAAAUGGGAAGCUUUUUAAAUGCCCUUUGGGGUCUAUCACCAAAAUUGGUAGUAGUAACCGAGCAGGAAUCCAAUCACAAUGGCCCUACUUUAAUGGAGAGGGUCAUGGAAGCAUUGAACUUUUAUGCAGCAUUGUUUGAUUGCUUGGAGUCCACCUUACCCAGGGCAUCGAUAGAGCGGCAGAAGGUGGAGAAGAUGCUUUUUGGAGAGGAAAUAAAGAACAUCAUAGCAUGUGAGGGAACUGAGAGGAAGGAAAGGCAUGAAAAGCUUGAGAAAUGGAUUCUGCGACUUGAGUUAGCUGGGUUUGGAAGGGUGCCUUUAAGUUACCAUGGCAUUUUACAGGCUAGGAGGUUGUUGCAGAACUAUGGCUAUGAUGGGUAUAGGAUCAAAGAAGAGAAUGGACGUCUAGUUAUUUGCUGGCAAGAUAGACCCCUCUAUUCUGUUUCUGCCUGGAGGUUUAGAAGUUAUGACUGAAAUUAUUGACCAUGCAGGAAAUUUGUGUGUCUGUGUGUGCUCUGUUUUCCCCUUUUUUUCUACUUCGUAUAAAGGAACCUAAGUUUUAAUUCUCUGAAAUUGCAUAGCGUUUCCGAGGAAAGGUUUGAACUACUUCAUCCUCUGAUCCAUAUAUUUUCUCUCUGUUGUUUAUUAUUUGUAUUUUAUUUUACUGAUUUGCUAUUCUUGUUUGCUAAUCAAUAGAUUUGUAAUAAACAGACUUAAUAUGUUGUACUCAUUAUAAUUAAACUCUCCAUUGAUUCUCUAGA